AGGAUGAUGGGAUUUGAUGAAGACCGAGGAAUAAUUCCAAGACUUUGUGAAGAUCUUUUCAAUCAAAUAGCACAGAUGGACAAGGAACAGAUUUUGUAUCAUCUUGAAAUGAGCUUCUUUGAAAUAUACAACGAGAAAAUCCAUGAUUUGCUUGUCUUUAAAGCUGAAAAUGGGCAGAAAAAACAGCAACUUCGUGUAAGAGAACAUCCAGUGUUAGGACCAUAUGUGGAAGGCCUGACAGUGAAUGUUGUUCGUUCUUACUCUGAUAUUCAGAGUUGGCUUGAACUAGGAAAUAAGCAGAGAGCAACGGCUGCUACGGUAAUGAAUGACAAGAGCUCCCGAUCUCAUUCUGUCUUCACCCUUGUCAUGACGCAGACCAAGGUAGAAUUUGUGAAUGAAGAACAGUGUGAUCGUAGGCUUACCAGUCACAUCAAUUUAAUUGAUCUAGCUGGCAGUGAGUGCUGUGCAAAAGCUCAGACCACUGGAGAGAGGCUGAAGGAAGGUGUGAGUAUCAAUAAAUCGCUGUUAACCCUUGGAAGGGUUAUUUCUGCGCUCUCUAAACAAUUUCAAAAUGGAAAGAAAACUUUCAUUCCUUACCGCGAAUCUGUCCUUACUUGGUUGUUGAAGGAAAGUCUUGGUGGGAAUUCCCAGACGACGAUGAUUGCCACGGUGAGUCCAGCUGCGAGCAGUACGGAGGAAACGCUGAGCACCCUUCGCUAUGCAAAGCAGGCUUGUUCAAUUAUCAACGUUGCUAAAGUAAAUGAAGAUGUAAAUGUGAAGUUAAUCAGAGAAUUGAAAGCUGAAAUUGAAAGGAUGAAGGCAGCUCAGAAAAGUGCUCUGAACACUGAUCGUGAAAAAUACAGGCGUUAUUUGCAGGAAAUAACAUCUUUGAGGGUAGAGCUGCACCAACAGGAGAGGAACAUGGCAGAAAUGCAAAGGGCCUGGAAAGAAAAAUUUGAACAAGCAGAAAAAAGGAAAUUGGAAGAUAUAGAGGAAUUGCAGAAAGCUGGAAUUGCAUUCAAAAUGGACAAUCAUUUACCAAACCUUGUCAAUCUCAAUGAAGAUCCUCAGCUUUCUGAGGUGCUGUUGUAUAUGAUCAAAGAAGGAGAAACUACAGUUGGAAGGUGUAAACCAAAUUCAAAACAUGAUAUCCAGCUUUCGGGAGUGCUGAUUGCUGAUGACCAUUGUGUUAUAAAAAAUGCUGUUGGCCAAGUAAGUAUUAUUCCACUGAGAGAAGCAAAGACGUAUGUAAAUGGAAAAUGCAUUUUGGAGCCAACAGUUCUGCAUCACGGUGACCGAGUGAUCCUUGGGGGAGAUCAUUAUUUCAGGUUUAAUCAUCCAGCAGAGGUUCAGAAAGUUAAAACACCUUCUUGUGGGACCACGUGCUUGCAUGAUGGUCCAAAAGAUUUUGAAUUUGCAAAGAACGAGCUGCUUAUUGCACAGAGAACACAUCUGGAGUCAGAAAUUGAAGAGGCUCGGCUCAAAGCCAAGGAAGAAAUGAUGCAAAGUGUCCAGAUUGCGAAAGAGAUGGUUCAACACGAGCUGACCUCACAAAAAGAAGCUUAUGAAAGCAAAAUAAAAUCACUGGAAGCAGAGGUGAGAGAAGAAUCUCGUAAGAAGCAAAUCCAAGAAAUGAAUAACCAAAAAGCUGCAACUAAAAUACAAGAACUAGAGAAGGCAAAGCAAAACCUUGAGCUAGAACUACAAUUCAAUAAGAAACGUUUAGAAAUGGAGACCUUGGCUACCAAGCAGGCUCUAGAAGACCAUACUAUUCGUCAUGCAAAGAUACUGGAAGCUCUGGAAGCUGAGAAGCAGAAGAUUGCUGAAGAAAUACACACUCUGCAGAGGAACCGUGGGAGUGGGAAUAGAACAAUGACAAUUCCACUGAACUGGAAGUCUCUGAAGCUGUCUGUGAUGGUCAAAGAGGCCAAUGCCAUUAGUAAUGCAUUGGGGAAGAACACUGUUUUCUGCAGGCACGACAAAAUUGAUGAUAAAACAGGAGCAGUGUCUUCUGUGCAGGUGCAGGUUCGUAACAUCAAGCUGGGAAUAGCAACUUUUUGGAGUCUAGAGAAAUUUGAAUGCAAACUAGCAGCAAUGAAAGAACUGUAUGAGAGUAAUGAUAGAAAUAAAGCUGCUGAUGUGUUUUAUGAUCCUGCUGAUGAGUGGGAACCUGACCUUUCAGACACAUCAGUUUCUUCUCUUUCCAGAAGAAGAAGUAGAAGUUUCAUGAAAAACAAGAGAAUUUCUGGAUGUUUGUCUGAGAUAAAAUUGCAGCCCAUUCAGAAUAUACAGACUUCCUAUAUAUCAGGUUCACAGAGCAAGUCCAGCAUAUGCCCAAGCUUUUCUGAAUCAUUUCUUCCUGGAAUUUGCAAGGAAUCUAUAAGUUCAGCUUUAGACUUAUUGGAACAGAAUCAUGAAGCAGGAAAAAGCAUAGCAGAUAGUCUCCUAACUAAUUUGCUUAUAAUUUUUUCUGGAGUGUCUGCCAUUUCAAAAGCCUAUGAACAGCAAGAUGAAGAAUGUCAAGAAAACUUUUUCAAUCUUGAUCCUGCUGCUCAGUCCUACAGCAUCAGAAUUAUCUCUGCUUUUGACCAGAUUGUGGUUCUAAGCAAGCUCUGGCUUAACAAUAUCCAAAAGUGUCCUGGAUCUAUAAAAGUUGAUGAAGAAAUGAAACGGGAAAUCAAGAACUUGGGAGGUUAUUUACAGUUACUGUUGCAGGGGUGUUCUUCAGAUAUAUCCUCGAUGGUAACAGAAGCAUGGAGCAAAGUGAACCAAACAGUAAAACAAACAAUGAAACACAUAGGACACUUGGCAGUAGUCACAGCAGCUGAUACUUCAUUUCCUGAAGAGAACAAUAUUCCUGUCUCUAAUCUACAGGAAUUUGUACUUGCCAUUUAUGAUGGAGUAGGCUCGGGACUGGAGUUUCUCAUUGAUACUGUACAGGAGAAAGCAAGAACAGUACAGAAAAAACUUGUGAAACAACGUCCACAAAAUGAGAUUCAAAAUCGAAUAAAGGAUAAUGUCGUGGCAUUAGCCAGAUUCCUUGAAAAUAACAUCUCUUACUGCAGAAAGAAAGAAAUAGAAUCUCAGUUACUGGAAGAAGAAUCUUUGUAUCGAGAAAUAAAGAAAAGCACUAAGAUUGCUGCAAAAUAUUUGGAAUUGGAGCAGUGCCUAACUGAAGUCUGUCGAGUUGUUUCUUCCAUGUUACAAGGGUUGUACAGAAACACAAGCCCCCUCAGGAGCUUUGCAGAAAACAUUUCUGUCAUAGGUGGAUAUAUUAACAACUAUUUCAGUUUGUUUGCCUUGUCUUCUGCAAACAACCCUAUCCAGAAGACAGCCCAACCUUUUAUGAACCUGGACGAACUGGACUCUCUGGUUGAUUCCCUUAUUAUGAAUUUUGAACUUGAACAAGGACAGCCAUCACUGCAAUCUCAGACUGUUUGUAAUGAUACUACUGAGACUCAAGGAGAACAGGUUGAAACAGGUGAAGUUGCUUGGAAGUGGAAUGGGACUCCGGAACACACACAAACUCCAGAGCUUUCACCUGGUAGGGUAGAAUGGGUGUAAAAGGUUAUUAUCAACAGAUGAAAGGAAACUCUUUCAUUUUGUGUGAAGGGAAAGUAACAUGCAUGACAGAAAGCUAAAAUUUAUUACUAAUAUUAGUGAGUGAGUGAUGUGAAAGUAAAUGACAUGUUUGUAUGAGGAUGGGUAUCCUAUAUUUCACCAAAAAAAAAUUCCUUAAGAGGCUGUCAGACUUGAAAGUACAGUUCCUUUUGUUUUAAUAAAUGUCUAUGGUUACCUAAGUUUAUAAGAAAUAAUUUAAUGCAGUAAGUAAAUAGUCAGUUGGAAAUGAUACGAACAGGUAGACUAAAAUUCUUGAGGAAUAACUUGGAAACACAGUAAAGGCUUGGUAGGACAUUGACAUCUCUUCAUCAUAAGCCAUGAUUUAGGACUGUGUGGGAGAUUCCUUUGAAGGGCAUUCGUAACACGUGUUGCAUACAGUUAGGUGAGAAGACUGCCUUGCUGACUUGGACACUUGAAAGGUAAAUGAUGUGGGAACCAAUUUUCUACUUUCUUUUUUUUUUAAUUGCUGCUUCACUUCUGCUGAUCUAGUAGUGUUACUGCAACUUUAAAGUGUUUUUUAUACCUUUUUUACACAGAGCAAAACCUUUGUAUUUAUUUCUGUAGAGAAAAACUGAGAGAUAGUAAAAGUAUUUUACAACUCUAUUUGAUAAAUACUUUUUUAAGUGGUUUUGUAAUUAAUUGAAAAAUAUGGGCUUAAAGAGUAUAUCAGUGAUGCUGCUCUUUAACAUGAUCUGAAGUAAGUCUGUUGCUAGUGAGUUAUCUUUUGAUUGCUCAAAUGACUUUCAAUACUUUUCAUACUGAAAUAGAAGCAUAUUUCUAAAUACAUGUUAUCCCAUGAGGUUGUAGAGAAUUUUCCCAAUCGACUAAAUCCUUGUGCUUUUUAUUGUAGUCAUAUUGUUUAAUACCUUAAUUUUAGUCUAUUGGCUGAAGCCAGUGCAAGCUAACAGGAAGGAUGGAAAUUAUUUGGAAUUUUUAUUCUUUAAGACUGGGUUUUAGGAGGCCUGGACUGAGCACUAUUUACUGACAACAGCGCAGUGAAGUUUGUAAGCUAAAGCCAAAGAUUUUUUUCCUGUAUAUCAAAGCUUCUGUCAUGGUUUAAGCCCAGCUGGAAGCUGAGCACCACA